UCAUGAAGCCAUCACCAGGAUUGAAACUGUUGCUGGUGUUCUCAUCAAUGGUUUUGAUGCUGUAUAAGUGUCAGGCAGGAACUACCAACCUCCACCCUCUGAUCUUAAUACCUGGGAAUGGUGGGAACCAGCUGGAAGCCCGGUUAACCAACGAGUACAAGCCCUCCGGUCUGUUAUGCAACCGUUGGUACCCGUUUCAGAAGAAGAAGGACGGCUGGUUCAGGCUGUGGUUCGACCCGACCGUCCUCAUUGCUCCGUUCACCAGCUGUUUUGCUCAGCGGAUGACGCUUUAUUACGACGCAGUUUCGGAUGAUUACCACAAUGCCCCUGGGGUCCAGACUAGGGUCCCUCACUUUGGUUCCACUGAGUCACUUCUCUACCUUGAUCCCCGUCUCAAGCACAUCACAGGAUACAUGGCACCAUUAGUGGAAUCAUUGGAGAAGAUUGGAUAUGUCAAUGAUGAAACCCUAUUCGGAGCUCCAUACGAUUUUCGAUAUGGUUUGGCACCAGAAGGCCACCCAUGCCGCGUCGGCUCCAAGUUUUUACAAGACCUAACACAUUUGGUAGAAAAUGCAAGCACUUCCAAUGGAGGAAAGCCAGUCAUACUUGUGUCACACAGCUUAGGUGGCCUCUUUGCUCUCCAACUCCUUAACCGAAACCCGCUGUCUUGGCGGCGACAAUUCAUCAAACACUUGGUUGCACUCUGCGCGCCGUGGGGUGGCACUGUGGAUGAAAUGCUUACGUUUGCUUCAGGAAACACUCUAGGAGUCCCGUUGGUGGAUCCGUUGCUGGUAAGGGGGGAGCAAAGGAGCUCAGAGAGCAACCUUUGGCUGAUGCCGAAUCCUGAAAUAUUCGGUCCAAAAAACCUGCUUGUGAUCACCCCAAAUGCAACAUAUUCGGCCUCUGAUGUUCCCCGAUUUCUUGACGACAUUGGAUUUCGAGAAGGUGUUCAUCCUUAUAAAACUAGGGUUUUGGGUUUAAUGGAGGAGCUGGUAGCUCCUGGGGUGCCUAUUACUUGUGUUGUUGGAAGUGGUGUGAAGACGGCAGAGACUUUUUAUGGAAGUAACAGUUUCGAUGAGCAGCCUGAGAUUGUUUACGGGGAUGGAGAUGGGACUGUGAACAUGGUGAGCCUGUUGGCACAUGAAUCUCUGUGGUCCGAUACGAAAAAUCAAACUCUGAAAACGAUCAGAGUUCCGGGAGUGUCUCAUACAGCAAUGCUCAAAGAUGAAGAUGCACUUGAUGAAAUAGUAAGGGAAAUUUCUGGUAUUAAUUCCCAGUUAAGUUUUGUUGAGAAUGUAAGCGUUCAAUGAAUGGAUGGCUAUGUGGGGAUGCUAGCUAUUCUUCUCUUCGGACAUCACCACUCCAUCGCCUUCAACUGGCCAAGAACAUGGAAUAUUGAAAUUGAUGGAGUUGGACGACCUGGAGCAAUUAUUCACAAGGCAAGAGAUUGCUGCAAUCAUUCAGGCAAUAACAUUUUUAAUGUAAAAACUGAAUUUAUAACUAUUUUACUCAAUUCCGUUGACACGAGAUAAAAGUAUGAAUUAUUUGUCUAUUAAA